UCUAGAUGCUGUUUUAAGAGCACAGUCUGUACUGUUUGUGAUUGAAGAAGAAGUGGAAACAAAGCCAGAAAAUCUGUUGAGUCAUACAGAUAUUCUGUUUAAUAUGACCCGAAACACAAACUUCAGCGAAGACCUACUUUAGAAAAGAUGCAUGGCAGCUUGUUUUAAAUACUCUCAAAGUAUUAGAAGAUAUGUAUAUUAGUAACACUCAGAAGUAUUAUGAUAAGAUUUCUCCAUGCCAGACAAGAAAAGGCAAAGCUUUAAUAGGUCCAGUUGAAGAAAAAAGAAGUGUAUAUUCCUUUACAAGUGAGGAAUUUUCUCCAUUAAAAGCUAGGAAAGCUAAGAAAUCCUUUACAAGUGAGGACAGUAUUCCAUUAAAAGGUAGGAAAGCUAGGAAAUCCUUUACAAGUGAGGACAAUUCUCCAUUAAAAGCUAGGAAAUCCUUUACAAGUGAGGAUAGUUCUCCAUUAAAAGCUAGGAAAUAUCUUACAACUGAAGAUAGUUCUCCAUUAAAAGCUAGGAAAUCCUUUACAACUGAGGACAGCUCUCCAUUAAUUGCUAGGAAAUCCUUUACAAGCAAGGACAGUUCUCCAUUAAAAGCAAUACAAGGAAAAAGAAGUGUGGACAAUUCUUCAUUAAAAGCUAGGAAAUCCUUUACAAAUGAAGAUAUAGUUUUCCAUUAAAAGCUAGGAAAUCCCUUACAAGUGAAGAUAGUUCUCCAUUAAAAGCUAGGAAAUCCCUUACAAGUGAAGAUAGUUCUCCAUUAAAAGCAAUAAAAGAUGCAAUUACAGGACUUAUUAAUCAUUCAUCGACAAAAGAUAAAAAAUCAGAAAUAGGCAGAAAAAGAUCAGGAAAUAAGAAAAUAGAUGCAGCAGAAUCCAAGAAGUGUACAGUAAGACUGACUGAUAUUGGUACUAUUAAAAACUUGAAAACAUAUGUAAACAAGACAGAGAAAAAAAGAAAAAGAAGGAAGAUAUGUGUAAAGAACUUGUAAAAAAAAAUGUUAAAUGUUAAAGGGGCACUAGCUGUCAAAUUCAUGUUCACCGACUUUACUUAAUUUCUAGUAUUUGAUUUAUAAUAAUGAAUAAUGUUAACAUUUAUCCAACCUAUUUAAAGUCUAAAAAAAAUUAUUAAGAGGACACGGUAUAAAAUUACAUUUCGUGUGUUCGCAGUCUAGACCGCCAUCUAAUUAAUUAUUGAGUUGACCUCUACAGUCUUUCAAUGACCAUAUAAGCGAUGUAAACAUAAAUAUAGAUAUAAAUAGAUCAAGCAAAUUCAUGCUCUUGGAUUAUUCUAGGUCUAUUUAAUUUUAUAUUAUAGAUGAAACAUUAAUGUUUAUCAUCGUUUUUAUCUGUAUAAGAAUGAUUUUCUGUGGAUCAAAUCAGUCAAUCAAUUGAUUUACCUUUGUUUCACUUUCAAUGUUGAUAUUCUUUUCCUUUAAAUAAUUUUACACAUUCAAUUCAUGUGUUAUCCAUUUCAAGCUAAGGAGUUAAAUUGAAGUUCACAUUAAUACAAAUUCUAUGAGGUUGAAUUAUUCACUUGCAAGUGAAUAAUUCAUUAUCAAUGAUUUUAGCUUAUUUUGACAGAACUAAAUCAUACUUGCUGCUAAAAGCGAAUUAUUAUUUCACCAUUGUAUUUCAUUAGUG